CCUCGGGGCCGGGCAGAAGAACCAGCCUCCUGCUGAAGGGGAACCGCAGCCCCCUGUCCCGGCAGCAAGAAAGCGGCCGGCUCUUGUGAAGAAACAAGGGGCAAACCCACCCCUCCUGGCUGCCGGCCCCUCUCCGGCUGCAGUGAAACAGGAGAUGAUAGGUGGAAAUGAAUCUUGUACUGCAGGACCCGUACCUAUGUCCUACCUAACCUGCCUGACCUACAUUCUGGGAGAAUGGACCGGCGUGGAGCAUAUUGAAGAUUACCUGAGUUAUGCAGUCUACCUUUUGUGGGUGCUUUUUCCACUGGCAGUAGUUUUGCUGCUUCCAGGAGUCCUCGUCAUCCUCUUCUACACUUCCAUUCUCCUCCUUCAUAUUUAUAAAAGGAAGAAUGAACUAAAGGAAGCUUAUUACAAUGAUGUUUGGGAGGGUGCAAGACAGAUGGUGGGUACCCUAUGGGAUGGACACGGAAGAAUAUGGCAUGGUUAUGAACUUCACGGUGUCAAAAAUAUUCCUGAAGGACCAGGGCUUAUUGUGUUUUAUCAUGGAGCUACUCCUGCUGACUACAUCUAUUUUAUGGCUAGACUUCUUAUACAAUGGAAGAGAUACUGCCACGUAGUAGCUGAUCAUUUCGUCUUUAGAUUACCAGGUUUUAAAAUAUUACUUGAUGUACAUGGAGUUCUGCAUGGACCAAGAGAAGAAUGUGUUGCUGCUCUGAAGAAGGGCUGUCUGCUGGCCAUUGCCCCAGGUGGAGUUCGGGAAGCACUCUUUAGUGAUGAAAUGUAUACUAUUAUCUGGGGUGAUCGGAAGGGCUUUGCUCAGGUGGCCAUUGAUGCAAAAGUGCCCAUCAUUCCUAUGUUUACACAAAAUGUUCGAGAAGGCGUUAGGACAUUAGGAGGAAUAAAAAUAUUUAGGUCACUAUAUGAACGUAUUAGGCUGCCAAUAGUUCCUUUGUACGGUGGGUUUCCAGUCAAGCUUCGUACUUUUAUUGGAGAACCUAUUCCAUACGAUCCAAAUGUAACUGCUGAGGAACUUACUGCAAAGACAAAAGCAGCAGUCCAAGCUCUAAUAGACAAACAUCAGAAAAUACCAGGAAAUAUAUUUAGGGCUUUAAUGGAACGAUUUCAAACACAAAAGAAAGAAGAUUAAGGUCCUCUGAAGAAACGACUAUUUGGUUAUAAUAUUCUUAUAGUCAUAUUUGUAACUUAUUCAUUCUUCUAAUAAUAGGUUUUAAAUACUGUCCUAAUGAUACUGCUGUAUAAUUUAAGAUACAAGACACUUUCCCUUCCUCCUGUCCGGUAUCAAGCUCAGGAACCCAAACUUCAAAUCAUUCACAACGAGGCAAAGCUUAGUUUUUGAUAAAUGCAUUCCUAACUUGAAAGUGGCUUUUUUUUUUCCAGAAAUGGUACCACAAGUCUUUACGUACACAUUCUUUGGUCGUUUGUUCUUUUUUUUGUUCCCCCCCUCCCCGAGGUUUCUCUGUAACCCCAAUGUUAGACCUGCUGUAGAGCUGGAGUCUUACUGUCUUGACCAUCACCGCUGUCAGUAGGUUUUUGCCGGCCAGAUCGAUGCCCUCGAGCAUUUAUAAAACCUUUCUUGAGGUUGUUAAUCCUGGUGCUGCUGGAAAACAGUCAGAAAGAGUGAAAAUGGAUUGGAGAACUGAAGUGAACCCGAGGUGGUUUGUUACAGAAGCCACUCGGCUGCGGCGAUGGAGAACCCUACAGGGCAGCUGCUGUUCCAGGCUGAGCCACGCUGGGUACCUGCCCCUGGGGAGAGACUCCUCCUCUUUGCUUCUCAGUCAAUCUGCAAAUUCUCCUUUGAAAGAACGGGCCAAGCAUUUAAUCUUUUAAAAAGUGCAAAUGAGAGGACUGUUUAGUAACGUAAGCUCAUGAAGCUUCAUUUUGAAGGAAAGAAAACAUUAGUACAACAUUCCUUUUAAAAGUAGUAGCUCUUCUGAAAAAACAGGACAGACAUUCCUAAAUACCCUUUGAAUCUAAUAUAUGUGUAGACUCUUAAACAUCCAUAUUCUUCAAACACAGUUAUUUAUGUAAGUUAUUAAAUCAGGGUCGAGAGGGAAAUCCUAUAUACUUUCCUUAAGUGAAAACAAUUGAAUGAACAGGAAAGAGUUGCAGGAUUGGGCUUCUGAGCACUUACAGUAAAUUAUAUUAUGAUAUUUUUUCUGAACUAAGGCCCAUGCUUUUAUUGUCCAAAUAGGAAAUACCUGAAAUAUUUCUUCUGAUUGUCAGCAAGUUUGAUCUGUGGUUCUUAAAUUAACAUCUGGGAACUUUUUAGUUUUGGGAUGAACAAAAUCCUUAAGGAAAGACAAAAGAGGUUUUUGCUCUAUUACGUGGCCUCCUUUCAAUAUUGUUGGGGUUUGACCCUUUCUUAAACAAAAAAAACAACCCAGAAAACCAAAAACCCAAUAACAAAAAAAACCCCAACUUCUAAAAAAGUAGUUGUACUCAAUUUAGUAUUCAUUCCUCCCACCAGUUGAGCAUAUUUUGCUUUAUACUCUUUUAAAUGUAUAAAGUAGUGAGAUUAUGUAAGUGUGUGUGGCUGACGCCCUGUGUUAGAAAAAUAUCACUUUAUGGGAAAGAGUCUAGAAAUUAUGGUUUACACAAAGCAAAAAGCUUACUUAUUUUAUCAUGUUAUUUUAUAUCAAAAGCAUUUUCUGUGGUGUUGAAUUAAUUUUUUUAAAGCUGGGCAAAGAAUCAUGUCAUGUAAAAGCAAAUGUCCAUGCAGAGGUUUUUUUUAAAAUGACGUGGGUUUGAUUUGAAGGCAAGAUUGUGUCCUUUUUAACUUUCAAGUUAAUUUAUCAGGAUGUUUUUUAAAAAAAAAAAAAAUUAUGUUAACCCAAUGUGUCAUUAAAGUGAGAAUGCCAAAUUCCUACAGUGGAGAAUAUCUUAAGUAUGACUUUGUUUUUACUGUCUGUCUGGAGGAAAAUGCCCAUCGCUCUGGAAUUGUGAAAUUCCCAAAGGCAGCCGAACGUAUUGUGUGUUGAGGUUGUGUAUAUGGAAAGCUCAGUCUAAAAGGUUCUGACAGACAUGGACAGACAUUUGCCCGCUGAGAUUUUGUAAAAUUUAUUUGACUAAAUGCAUUUGAUGCAGUUUUGUCCCUUUAAGUAUUCAACGAUGAGUAUAAAAAACAAAAAAUGAAGGGCAGUAUUGGUACUCUUUAAGUGUUCAUAUUUGUAUAGGCCUUUCAUAUUUAUUUCUAUAUAUAAAAAAAAAAUAUGUAUAGAAGACAUCUUUCAAAUAAAAUUGACAACUGGAACAGG